AUGGACGUCAUUUGGGCUCUUGCUAUAACGCUGUGUGUAUACUACGUCGCUCGCUUUCUAGGACGCGCCCUCCGACGCAAGUAUCUGCGAACACACACCUGCGUGCUCGAUCUCGAAGGACUCGGUCUCAGACUUCCCAGUCAGAAAAUAAAGGGAACGGCUGUCAUUUGCGGCGGGAGUGUGGGGGGUCUCCUCGCGGCGCGCGUGUGCCAUGAUCAUUUUGACGAGGUCGUCAUAGUAGAGCCAGAGUCGUGGUUGAACUCCGAAGAUGCAUGCCGUACAGAUAUAUGGAAUCAAGAAAACAAACGCUCCCGCGUCCUGCAGUAUGACACAUUUCAAGUGAUACCCACGAUGGGGUACCUGAUUUUGUCCAAGUUGUUCCCCGACUUCGAGGAGGAAUGUAAAGCCUCUGGUAUCCAGCAAACACGUACGUACGUCUGGGGGAACGCACCACGGAGACCACACGCGGAGUAUGGUGGCUCCCUUCCCAAGACUAUGUAUGCCAGCCGCGUCGGACUCGAAACCUGCCUUCGGCGUUUAGUCCUUGGUGGAAGAUAUAAAAACAUCCGUCAGAUUAUCGGUACUGUCACUGGUGUGUGUCGCAGCGCAUCUGAUCCUGGCUUCCUCGACGCAGUGACCGUGCGCACUCUCGAGGGAUCAAGUAGUAUCAAAGCCGCUCUUGUUGUAGACUGCACAGGGCCUGCGUCUGCAGGACUGAAAUGGCUUCGACGGGAAGGGUAUGGCUUCAAGGACUCGUACAACAGGAACCAGCUAGCACUAGAUGAGCUAAAGAUAGCGUACGACCAGAAGCUCCAUUACACGACGCUCCAGUUCCGCAUUCCGCCAGAGAUGUCUAGGAGGCUUCCUGGCCUCCCAGUUCCGUUUGCUGAAUGCGGUAUAAUUUAUUGCCUAGCUACAGACCCCACCAAAGAGAACCGGAGCCUUUAUACUAAUCGCGUGGAUAAAAACAUCAUCCAGAUUUGUUUUGGUGCUAUGGGAGAGUGCGAGCUUCCGACUACUCUGGAUGCAGCCAAAACAUGUGCUCGAAGCCUCGUUACCGAGAAGCCGAUUCCUCGGUCAUUCUUCGAACUUCUCGAUGCUUUGGAUGAGGUGCAGGAAACCAUGACGUGUAGCAAAGUCCAUUUCACCGGAUCCAGCUAUAUCCGAUAUGAGAAAGGUGUUAACUUGCCAUCGAACUGGAUUGCGCUUGGUGACAGUGUCAUGAGGGUCAAUCCAAUCUAUGGACAUGGAUGCACAAAAGCCUUCUUCGGUGCUAUUUGUAUUAAUGUCUUGCUGCAGAAUUUGACCGAAAUACAUUCGGGAUUUUCCAAUCUUUUCUUCCGCAUGCAGGCUGAUAAGAUCAUACCACUUUGGAUUGGAACAAAAGUGGGAGGCGCGUACAAUAAUCGGGUCAUCUGGUCGCGGUUAUUACUGAUCCUUACUUUUGCCAUUUAG